UUGCGACACUCUCGACAACUCCUUCCCCUCCUCCCUCAUCUCUCGUUCUUGAACUUCUAACGGGCGAAAUGUCUUCAGGAUCAUCUAUAGCUACUCCUCGAAAGUUCAUCUUCAAGGAGCCCACUAAACAGCUACGAAGGGGGAAAGCAUGUCUCAACUGCAGAUUCUCGUGAAGAAAUGUGAUGGGGUGAGACCAGUUUGUGGAUCAUGCAUGCGUCUUCCUCGUGAUGAAGAGUGCGAAUACGCUGGUGGACCCUCUAGAACCAAGGAAUUAGAGCAACGGGUUAUUCGUCUAAAAGCACGCGUUCGUGAAUUAGAAAGCCCCGAAUUGACCGACUCUGGGGUGCAUUUAUCGGACCCCUUUCAUGCCGUGGACACGGGAGGUCUCCUUCCAAUGUCAGGGUCUGUAGCUCAUUCUAACUCUGAUCAUUCCAGUUCCUCUCCUCGUUCUAGCUACGACCCGCUACUUGGUUCUCCCGAGCCUUCCGUUUCUAUCAUCACUAUGCUGUUAAAUAAUUUCCUACCUUCCGCCACACAAUUUGGAUUCUUCUUGCAUCUUGAACGCUUCAGGUCUGCCGCCCUACUAAAAGCUCACUUCGGUGAUAGCUCCAGACCUUCCCCUGCUUUACUUAACACGACUUAUCUGUGGGGUACACAUCUCUCCCCAGUUGAUGCCCUUCGUUCAAACGAAACUGUUUUUCUUAAUCGAGCUCUCCAACAAGUGUCCAUCGAAAUCCCAAGUGCCAUUCAUUCUGCUCAGAUUAUGCACACAAUUCAGGCUGAGGUUUUACUCUCAACAUAUUUCUUCCGAAAGAACCAAUUGCUAGAAGCCGAGUUUCAUUUGAAUGGAGCUGUUUCACUUGCACAGUCGGCAGGACUGCACCAGAUCCGGUCCGACAGAGUUUUCUCGUCCCCAGUAGUAAGUGUGCUUUUGGAGACUGAGAUGUUCUUACCUCCAGCGCGCGACGUUAUUGAAGAGGGUGAGCGAAUCAACGGCUUUUGGGCUGUAUAUUGUCUCCACAGACUCAUUUCAAUCACCUUGGGGAACACCACAAAAUGUUUUGGUGGUUUGGAUAGCCCUCGUUAUGAAGUGGAUACACCUUGGCCUCAGGAAUACGAAGCUGGCUUAUGCAACAGCGGAGCAUUUGGACACUCCACGAUAGACUUGUUCAUUCAUGGUUUGAGUCCAAUCUCCAACCUAAGUUCCGAGUUAAGCUCAUACGCCAAAGCUGUCGUCAUUCUUCACUCUGUUACUGCACUGACGCAUAAGUUCAACCGCGGUAUCGAGACGGAAAAUGCCUACGCUGCUUUCGUCAAUGAGUGCCUUGUGAUUGAGAGCUUGCUUACACGUUUUCACCCUUCACUCCCUUCCUUGCACGUGGAUAACUCCUUCCUUGAUUAUUCUACCACUCCCCCAUCCCCUUCGAAUUCCAGAAGCUCUCUAGUUGUCACGCAUGUUUUGGUUUCUUGUGCCUAUAUGCAGAUGCAAAAAAUCUUCUCGUCCUGUGGAGUCCAUGACGCUUUGGAGCGCUCCAUUGGGACAGCGAAGGAGAUUAUACGUAUCCUCGGUGAUUUGAACCAAGUGGGUCUUCCGCACUUGAAUCCAAUUCUGGGGACGCUUUGCGUUAUGGCUUGUAGCGUCUUUGGUGACGAGCUAGCUCGGACAGAGAUGCUGGGGGACUGGAAUCUUGAUAACCAAAGUCAAAUCAAUUCUAAUGUUUUACGACAAGGUCUGGAAGUGGGAAUGACUACAAUGUCGAUACUAGCGAUGGAUAGUCCACUGAUGAAAUACCAAAUGAGCAAACUUCAAAAUUCUUAUCCUUUUAUAUUAUGAUCGUGGCCCUUUCUUCGAUCCUCACUGUAUUUCUUGACCUUACACCUUCAGAACUCGUUAUUAAUUCACAUUGAUUCUACACAUAACUCGUACAUAUAUUACCCAGUUGUAUUUCUAUUUUGGACAUCUAGCUGUAUCGAUACCAUCACUUAUACCUAUCACACA